GCUUCUCUGUCAUCUCCUUCUAAGAAGAGGGGGGCAAGGAAUCUCGAUUUCAAUCUCCUUCUCUCCGGCAGCCCCAUCUAGUUGUUUCCGGUGAGAUCUCGACGUCGGAUCCGAUCUCGACCCGAUCCAUAACAUAUCGUCGAACUAGAUCCAAAUAAGCAUGGCUCCAGUUUCAGCUCUGGCCAAAUACAAGCUGGUUUUCUUGGGGGAUCAAUCUGUGGGGAAGACCAGUAUCAUCACACGCUUCAUGUACGAUAAAUUCGAUAACACCUACCAGGCUACCAUUGGGAUUGACUUCCUUUCAAAAACAAUGUACCUUGAAGAUCGAACAGUUCGAUUUCAGCUUUGGGAUACUGCUGGACAGGAAAGAUUCAGGAGUCUUAUUCCGAGUUAUAUUAGGGAUUCCUCUGUGGCAGUCAUUGUCUAUGAUGUUGCUAGCAGGCAGUCCUUCACAAAUACUUCAAAGUGGAUUGAUGAGGUGCGGACUGAACGGGGUAGUGAUGUUAUCAUUGAGCUUGUUGGGAACAAAACAGAUCUUGUGGACAAAAGGCAAGUCUCUGUAGAGGAAGCUGAAGCCAAGGCUCGUGAACUCAAUGUUAUGUUUAUUGAAACUAGUGCCAAGGCUGGCUUUAAUAUCAAGGCUCUGUUUCGGAAGAUUGCAGCUGCUUUACCUGGUAUGGAAACACUUUCUUCAACAAAGCAAGAAGACAUGGUUGAUGUCAAUCUCAAGUCCAGCAACACGGAUGCAUCACAGUCACAGCAACAGUCUGGAGGGUGUGCCUGCUGAUAUGCUUAUCCUUAUCUGAGCUCAGCUUUUUGACGUUUCUUUAAUGCUCCCGAGAGCCAACAAAGCUAUUGUAAAAAAUCUUUCCUCCCCCCCCCCUUUUUGCUGUAUCUGUCCUUUGCAUGUGGUCGAUGUUUAAACAUAUAAUUUCGUAGAGAUCUGUUUAUGUUAGUUAGGCUAGCCCUAACCUGUCCUAUAUGUGUAUCUCAGAAAAGAUUGUGCCAAAAUUAUGUAGUCAUAGUCAGCUUGGUUUUGUUUCUGAAAGGGGUUUAGUCAAAUAAAUAGUGGUUUUGCUCUUAACUAU